UUUAACACUCUAAACGCAAAAGUAAGCAUACACAAAAGUUGAAACUUUAUAUCUCGAGGAUCACUUUCCUCCGGCUAUAGAUCCUCACAUCGUCUGCCUACUUCAAUCUCCGAUCACUGACUACAGAAGCUUCCUAGCCAGCAACACUAUCUCCUUUGAAAGUCAACUCAGACGCAAAAAUCCUCUUAUCUCUCCAUCGCUUUCCUAGUUUCUCUGUUCUUGGAAGUAACCAUGUCUUUUAUAGGACAGGCUGUGUCUUCCAUAGGAGAGUCUGCUCUGUCGUCUGUCUUUCAGUCUCUGUUAGAGAAGAUUGAGUGCCCUGAGUUUCUCAAGUUUGCUCGUGAGCGGCAAGUUCUUGAAGAAAUCAGGAAGUGGGAGAAGUUUUUUAGCGCAAUUCAAGUUGUUCUUGACGAUGCAGAGGAAAAGCAAAUGGAAGACGGGUUGGUGGAGAGCUGGCUAAGUGACCUCAAGAAUCUGGCUUAUGAUGUGGAGGACAUUUUGGAUGAAUUUGCCACCGAGUUAUUGCAACGUCGGUUGAAGGGAGAACGUCAAGCAAGUACAAGUAAGCUUCGGAAACUCUUUCAUUCUGUUACUGCUACUAUCAGUCCAGGAACUGUCAUCUUUAAUUCAACAAUGAUGUCCAUGAUGAAGGAGAUCACUACCAGAUUUCAAGAGAUAGCAAAAACGCAGCAAGACUUGGGUUUGAUGAAGAAAAAUGUUGGAGCUAUGCCCUCUAUUAAGGUAUGUGUACGACCGCCCAGUACAUGUUUGAAUCAUGAACCUGAAGUCUAUGGCAGAGAUGAAGAUAAGAGGAAGUUACUUGAUUUGGUUUUGAGGAAUGAAACAAGUGAUUUGAAAGUUGGAGUGAUACCCAUUGUUGGGAUUGGUGGUGUGGGCAAAACAACACUUGCUCGGCUUGUCUACAAUGAUGAGGCAUCACAACAACAGUUUCAGGUAAAAGCCUGGGUCUGUGUGUCUGAUGAGUUUGACAUUGUGAGAAUAACAAAGAGCAUUCUUGAGUCAAUCACUUUGAAGUCUUGUGAUCUAAAGGAGCUUAAUCAAGUUCAACUAAAACUGCAUGAUAAAUUAGCUGAAAAGAAGUUUUUGAUUGUUUUAGAUGAUGUAUGGAACAAGAAUUAUGAUGACUGGAAUGCCCUAUGUUCUCCAUUGAUGUAUGGAGCACCAGGAAGUAGAGUGAUCAUAACAACAAGGGAUGAAGCUGUUGCACGAACAAUGGGAAACAUGGAGUUUCAAACUUUAAGCUGCAUUUCUGAUGAAGGUUGCUGGUCCAUUUUUAUUGACCAUGCUUUUGGCAGGAGGAGAGUUGCAGGUCCAAAUUUAGAAGUCAUUUAUGAAAAGGUUAUUAAAAAAUGUGGUGGCUUGCCUUUGGCGGCAAGGACUUUGGGCGGCCUUCUACGCUCAAAACCAAUGGAGGAAUGGGAAAAUGUAUUGAAUAGCAAAAUCUGGAAUUUACAAGGUGGAGUCAACAACAUUCUUCCUGUGUUAAGAUUGAGUUACUAUCAUUUGCCUUCACAUUUAAAGAGGUGUUUUGCUUAUUGUGCAAUAUUUCCCAAGGACUAUGUAUUUCAAAAGAAGCAACUAGUCCUUCUAUGGAUGGCAGAAGGUUUAAUCCAGCAACAAGACAAUCAGCAUAUGGAGGAUGUAGGUGACGAGUAUUUUCGAGAUCUAUGUUCCAGAUCAUUUUUUCAGUCUUCAAGCACUGGUGGAUUCAUAAUGCAUGACCUUGUGAAUGAUCUAGCACAAUCUGUUGCUGGAGAGACAUGUUUCAGAUUAGAGGAUUCAUCAAUGGUCGGUCAACAAUUUGAAAAAGAAAAGGUUCGCCACUUCUCUUACACUUGCAGGUUUUAUGAUAGAAUUGAAAGAUUUGAACCUUUCCUUGGAAUCAAAUGUUUACGGACCUUCUUGCCCUUUUUACCGGAGGGAAACUAUGGAAGUCAUCAUAUUAUGCAUCUGUAUUACUUGGCGAGUUGCAUUCCUCCUGUUUUGUUGUCAAAGUUAAGAUGUCUAAGGGUACUAUCUUUUCGUUAUUACAAGAUCACCGAGCUACCAGAUUCCAUAGGUGACUUGAAGCAUCUAAGAUAUCUUGACCUUUCAUACACAAAUAUUGUAACUUUACCUGAGUCAACAACCUCUCUGUGCAACUUACAGAGUAUGCUGUUGAAAGGAUGUCAUAAUCUCAAGAAAUUGCCUUCAGAAAUGCAAAAUCUGAUCAACCUGCGUCAUCUUGAUAUUAAAGGUGUAAGAUUAGAUGAAGGAAUGCCGUUGGGAAUAGAAGAAUUGAGAGGUAUUCGUACAUUGUCUAAUUUUGUUGUUGAGAAAAGUAGUGAAGCUGGAAUAACAGCUUUGUUGAACUUAAAAUUUCUUCGAGGGGCACUCCGUAUUUCAAUGUUGCAGAAUGUGGCUAAUGCUUUAGAUGUAAGGGAGCCCAUCUUAAUGGACAAGGAGAGAAUAGAUUCUUUGGCAAUGGGAUGGGGAUUUCAGAAUACACCUGACGAAAGUCGAGAUAGAGAUGUACUUGACAGGAUGAAACCUCAUGAAAAUUUGAAAAAGCUGACCAUAAUUCAUUAUGGUGGUACUGAAUUUCCAUGGUGGGUUGGGGAUCCUGUAUUUCGAAAUCUGGUGUGCCUAAAAUUGGAGGAUUGCAAGAAAUGCACAACCUUGCCACAACUUGGACUUCUUUCCUCUCUCAAGAACUUGGUUAUUAAAAAGUUUCCCAACGUAACAUUGAUUGAUCGUGAGUUCUAUGGUGAGAGUAACUUGAAUCCUUUUCCAUCUCUUGAGACUCUGCAGUUCAAGAGCAUGCACAAAUGGGAUUAUUGGAAUACUUGUGGGGUUGAAUUCCCACGUCUGCGCGAGCUUUCCAUUGUUUGGUGUCCAAAACUUUCUGGACAAUUACCCAGUCAGCUGCCUUCAUUGCAAACUCUAGUGAUUGAACAAUGUUUGCAAUUAAUUGUUUCAUUACAAAGCCUUCCUGAAAUCUCUCACUUGGAAAUUGAAGGAUGUAGGAAGCUGGAAGUGGGUCGAGGCUUUAGCUCGGCAAACCUCAUGAAAGUUUAUGGAGAAUCAAUUUUUUUUCCACCAGAAGAGUUUAUGGAAGGUUUAAGAAAGUUAGAAAUGUUGACUAUUGGUCGUAAUGUUCAGGUCCAACCAUUUCUUUCUUGUCCAUGUAGUCCACAUUGGGUGCUUUUUGAGGGCAUCAUUGAAAAUGAAGAGUUGUUGCAGAAAGGCAUCAUUGAUAGUAAAAUUAAAAUUUUGGAAUUUAGAAGAUGUAAAAGCCUUGAUAAACUGCCCUCAUGGAUUCACAGCUUUAAGUCUCUUAGACAACUAUCAAUCGAAGGCUGCACAAGACUUGUUUCUUUGCCAGAAGCAAUGAUUUAUAGCAGUAUAUGUCUUGAAGUGUUGCAGGUUGAGAGGUGUGAUUCUCUUGUUUCCAUUGGAAGACACCAGCUACCUCCAACUGUAAAAAGGCUAGAGAUAAGUCGCUGCCAGAAAUUGCAAAGGCUGCUGCAUGAGGAGGUCAUCAACUACGAACUUAACUUGUCAAAUCUCCAGCAUAUUAAAAUUGAUGACUGUGGCUUUCUUACAUGUUUAGGCAAGUUGCCUCCUUCCCUUAAGGAUCUAGUUAUCACCUCUUUCGGAUUUGGCUUAGAAAUAGGUGCAAAGUUAGAGUCAAUAGCUGAAAGCUUCAACAACAACACAUCGCUUGAAUCUAUCAAGAUCGGAUAUCUUCCUAAGCUUAAAACUUUACCCGAGAACCUACACAUGCUCGGCAGUCUCCACGACAUUUGGAUAUAUAACUGUCCAAGUCUUGUUUCUUUCCCGCGUGGAGGGUUGCCUACCUUGCAUCUGAAAAGCCUUACAAUUGAUGACUGUGAAAAACUCAAGGCUCUUCCUGAUAACAUGUAUAAUCUCACAUCUCUUCAGGAAUUGACCAUAAAGAAUUGCCCAAGGCUUGUUUGUUUUCCUCGAGGAGUGUUGCCUACCGCCCAUCUGAAGAAACUUAGAGUUGAAUCAUGUGAGAAACUCAAGGCCCUUCCUCAUAACAUGCACAAUCUCACGUCUCUUCAAGAAUUGACUCUAAAAUACUGCCCAGGCAUUGUAUCCUUUCCAGAAGAAGGUUUCCCUACCAACCUGAGAUCACUUUGUAUUCAUAAGCUCGAGAUCCUUAAGCCUAUAUUUGGUUGGGGUUUGCACAGGCUCACAUCUCUCAAGAAACUCAGUGUUUCAGGCACAUGUCUUGGUGUGGUGUCCUUCCCACAGGAUGAGAUGAAUAUGAAGUUGCCUAGCUCUCUUACCAGCCUUACCGUUGAAGGAUUCCUAGACCUGAUAUAUCUUUCCAACAAAGGUUUCCAAAACCUCACAUCACUUGAAUAUCUGAGGAUUGAGAGAUGCCCUAAGCUUGCCUACUUUCCAAAGAAUGGUCUUCCUCCCUCUCUUCUGCAAUUGCAUAUCCACCACUGCCCUCUACUUCGACAAACAUGCCAGAAGGGUAAAGGAGGGAAGUCGGAAAACUCAGAACUAGCCCAGAUUCCUCUAGUUUUCCUGAUACCGACAUUGAAGAGGAAGAACGAUCAAAUUAAAGCUUAACCUCUAGAGCUUAUAUCGUCCAGUGCUUCAAAUUCCCUGGUUGUCCAUAUUACUGUAUACAUCAAGGAAUUGAGGAAUGGUGGCGACAACAUCAAGACUCGUGCUGAAUGCAUCUCCUGAAUUCUUGCACAUUAGCCACCUAUACCAUCGGCUUGUUGUAUGGUUUUUUAGAUCUAUGCCAUCUUUCUUCCACAAAUCCAAAGCCUCAAAUCUCAUAAAUAUUUUGCACAAUGUUACAUCCUAUUCAAGGAAGCAGCUACAAGCAUGCUCUGCUGAAACAAUGGUUUAAAGAGUGGACAACAGGAUUCAAGUCCAAAUAAUGGCAGCACAAGACUUCUAGAUCAAUGAAAGUAUUGGCGAGCAAAGUUUAAUUUCAUUUCCUCAGUUGAGAAAUGUGUCCUAUACCCAGUUAAAGCAUUUGAUUCCUCCAUCUCAAGAGCCAACAAGCUCAAGGCCUCACAAAGACUUGAAAUUAGGAUCUCAUCCCAGCAUCAUCUUGUCUCAUCAAGGUCCCCUUUCAUUGAUCAAAAACUUUGUAUCAGCAAAUCCUGGUGAAUUGUAGUGUGCAUUACUGAAUCCAUGACGAGGACAUGUAUAUUAAAAAGGAAAUGCUGUUACUGUUCUGUUUUUUCCUUGGGUUGCGAAGUUUUCUUCCCUUUUUUUUUUUUGUUUUUUAGUCUAAGGGGUUGUCAAGUUGACCAGCAUUUGUAGCAUUUUCUCUGCAACUAAUGAGGAAAACUGCUGCUUGAUUGCAGAAACAUUUUAUUUUAUUUCAUUUCUUGCAGCAUUGGAGGA